AUGGCUUUAUGUCCCAAACCAUACACUUUUGAAAAUGACAUUGCAUCCAAGACACCGACACAAAUAUCUUGUGUAGGUGAUUCCAGAAAUGGAAACACAAAGAGAAGUUGCAACUUUUUGUACCCAUCAACACCAAACAAGAGAAUUUGUUUGCAACCAAUUCUGGAUAACAUUAGAAACACCAAUGAUGGAGGUGCAAAUGACUCUCACACUAGUCAGUUCCUGUUGAACAGAAAAGUUCCUAGCAACUACUACUACUCUUCGUCAUCUGAAGACGACGACUCUGAAGAUGAACAAACAUGCUACAAUGCUGACCAAGCAAGAGCAAAGAGAAGAGCAUCCACUAGAGUCUCAUUCUCAAACAACUUGGACUUGGUUAAGGCAAUGUCCAAAUACUCUGAUGACGAAGAUGAAGACAUUAGACUGGACACUUUUAAGCCGGCAUUUAGCGUGUCUCGUCGUAUCCUCCUGGACAUGCAAUACAAUAAUAGCAAUAAUAACAAUUUUAACAACAACAACAAUAACAAUAACAAUACCUACCACCACCACCACCACCAUCGCUCAGCAUCAGCAUCAUCAAUAAUCAAGAUUUUAAAAUCAGAGGAUGAAAUUGAGAAUUUGGAUUGCAAGAUUGCUUCAAGUCCAAUUAGCAGCAAACUUUGCCUCAAGAAGAUGCUCGCGUCAAGCGAUUUCAGCGACAGUGUCAAUGAUGUUAUUGACCGUGAAGGAAAUGGCAAUGGCAAUAAUGACAGAGAUGAUGAUGAUGGUGAUGGCGAUGAUGAUGACAACGUUUGCAACAACGAUGAUGAUGAUGACGAUGAUGAUGAUGAUGAUGAUGAACAAGACGAGAGUGAUUCAGUAAACCACUCAGUUGCCAUUGCAGAUAGAAACGCUAGAGUAAGGUGUUUUGACUACCUUAUUGGUGCAAUCGAUGAAGCUUGGGCCAGAUAUUGCGACGCAACUACUUAUGUCGAGGAUGAGGUGCAUGGCUACAUCACUCCAGCAUCAUUAGCAUCUGACUGCAGUGACGACGAUGACAAGGAGUUGAUGAAUUUGAAGCAACGUUUGAUCAGAUCAAAGGAGUUUCUCCAGGAUCACAUUGAAUCACACGACAUGGAUGAUGUUAGAAAAUUCUGGCACCGUUGGGACGUUACCAAAUACCAGAUGUUGGACGUUAUGGAGGAUGACGACGAGGUCCUUGAUGAGCUUGAAUGCGGCCGCCGGAUUUUUUAA